GGACAAUUUUCGCGAAAGAGCAAACCCAUACGUCACUUCCUCCUCCUGUGAAUCGCUCCACACGUGAGCGACUGUUUGUUAACUCGUGUCGUUGUUGCUGUUUUGUGCAGCUUAUAAGACAAAUUCGGAUUUUAUGAUCAUCCCUGGCAGGAGUAUGGAUUCGGCAGAGGAGGACCCGCAGCUGGGUGAGGAGUCAGAGGAGGAACACAUCGAAUUAUCGGAUGGAGAACUUCAAGAAGCCCUCUCUAAAGGGUUGCUCAAACCUGGGAUGAACGUCCUGGUGGAUAAAAGCAAGACGUUCGUCAAUAAUGUGGAGGGAUUGAAACUCUGUCUUGCGGAGCUGCAUAAAGAUCUAGCCUGGGUGGAAAGGUUAGACAUGACCAACCCACCUGCUGAUGAAGUUCUCACCAACGCUGAAGGGAACGUUUCUGCUGUGUCCAACGGAGAACUCAACGCUGAUGAUGAUUUCCAAAGAGAAAUGUUCUUCUACCGUCAGGCUCAAGCUACAGUCCUGAACGCGCUGCCUCUCCUAAACCAACACGACAUCGCCACCAAGAGGCCCGAUGACUACUUUGCAGAGAUGGCCAAAUCAGAUCAGCACAUGCAAAAGAUCAGGAAAAAGCUGAUCUCAAAGCAGCUGAUUCUGGAAAAGUCGGAAAAGGCGAAGAAACUCCGCGAGCAAAGGAAGUUUGCCAAAAAGGUCCAAGUUGAGGUGAUUCAAAAGAGGCAGAAGGAGAAGAAGGCGAUGAUGUCUUCUGUAAAGAAAUACCAGAAAGGAAUUACUGACAAGCUGGAUUUCUUGGAUGGCGAUAAGAAAACAGCUAAAGAUUCUUCCGGAGCAUCAAAAAAAGUACAAAGAGGUCCCAGUGCCAAGAGGAAGUUCAAGGACCAAAAGUUUGGCUUUGGGGGCAAAAAGAGUGGAAAGAAGUGGAACACCAAGGAGAGUUUCAACGAUGUUUCAGACUUCCGUGCCAAAGUGGCUCAUGGCCGGGGCGAAAAGGGGGGGAGGAAAGGAAAAGGAGGAAAACAAAAUAAACGCCCAGGCAAAUCUGUUCGCCGGAAGAUGAAGGGACGCUCAUGAAGGUGGACGGAACCUGGAUCACAACCCCUGUGAUGCCACCAGAGACUUGUAAAAGACUAAGCCUUCCAUUAUUUUUAAUAUCACUAAGUCUGGAUCGAUAUGGAGGGAUUCUUAAACUCCAAGCUGCAUGGAGGAAGAUGAGAUGAGGAGGACAUCGGUGCAGUGCAUAAGAAGUUUGUUAUCUGUAUUAAUGACCCCAACGUGUUAGUAAAGGGUGGUUUCUUUAGUAAUUACACCAGAGCCUGCUGCCUAACAGACACUGCUUGUUUUGUUUUUGUUCAACUUCUCCUCGGCUUAUUGUUUCUCCCCCAUGUGACGUGACAUUUUGUUAUUGAGCUGCUGUCAGUUUUGCUCUUUCUCAUUCAUCAACAUGAUGAUGCAUUGGUGAGUGUGGCCUGUGGAAAGUCAUGGCUUAGUUUGCAAAGAACAGGUCCACUUUGUGUUACUGUUGUAUGUUUGUAAAAAACCCAACAUAAUUUCAA